AUGGCGUCCCACGAAGAAGAUUCCAUGCCCGAGGAGACUCAAGGCUACAAGCUCUCCCAGCCCAAGCAGAGCUUAGCUCAGUACGAGCAGAUGGAUGCCGGCGAUGAAUCUCUCCAGAGGUACAAGAAGUCCCUCGGCCUGGGCGGCGGCAAAGAUGUUUCCGACCCCAACGAUCCCCGAGUCUGCAUCAUCCGUGCUCUGACCCUCGACUCUCCCGGCCGCGACCCCGUCACGAUUGACCUGUCCACGCCGGGGAGCGAGAAGAGCCUCAAGGACAAGCCCUUUAAAAUCAAGGAAGGCUCCAAGUUCACCAUGAGCGCCGAGUUCAAGGUCCAACAUGAGAUAUUGAGUGGUCUGCACUACGUCCAGGUCGUCAAGCGCAAGGGUAUCAAGGUCUCCAAGGACUCGGAGAUGAUUGGGAGUUAUGCCCCCAAUACGGAAAACCAGCCCGCGUACACCAAGAAGUUCCAGGAGGAGGAGGCCCCCUCUGGAAUGCUCGCCCGUGGCCACUACAACACUUUUUCUAGCUUCGUUGACGACGACAAGAAGAAGCAUCUCGAGUUCGAGUGGAGCUUUGACAUUGCCAAGGACUGGUAA